UCUCCCCUUUAUACUAUCUUUGUCUCUGCUUAGCAAGUUCCACAGUGCAAAAAGGAACUGCGGAGCCAUCAGCAUCUUAGCUAACGUUAUUAAAAAUGUCUUUCAAAAGGGAAGGUGAUGAUCAAAGUCAACUAAAUGUCCUGAAGAAACGGCGUGUUGCGGAUUUACUGUCCAACUUCAUACCAGAGGACGAGGCAGUUCUGAUGAAAAAUGGAAGGUAUAGCUGUUUAGUGUGUUCACAUCGUCCUGUUUUUGACACGGUGGAUAUGCUGGCCAUACACAGAAAGGGAAAGCGUCAUCUUGAAGGUCUAAAAUGGUUUUAUGGCAGAAAAGCUCGAAUACAAAAUGAAACUGAUAAGAGGCGACAUCAAGAUUAUGUUAAUAAAGAAGAAGACCAGCAGGAAGCUGGCUGCUCAGCACCAUUGCUCACACAGACAAAAAAAAUUACCCGCCAUGCCUUACUAAGAUCUGCUCCUUACAGCAGCUGUCAUAAGAAGGCCAGUGAAAGAUCUGAGAACGUUACAAUGGGAUUCAGCCCACUGGUGAACAGCGACUGUGUCUCUCAGAGCUAUAUAACCACUGCCAAGAACAAUAUCCACACAGAAACCAAACCUGCUUAUGGUGAAACAAAUCCAAACCAGGGCCAGAAUGGGAAACAAAUGAAGAAAAAGGACCCCAAGAAGUCUGAGUCUGAGCCCUUGACAGAGCAGAGACGCAGAGAACUAGAACACUACCUUAAAUUAAAGAGUGCCGGAUGGCUACAGGACCCAAGUGGUAAAUGGGUAAAGGAUGAAAAUGUGGAGUUUGAUUCAGAUGAGGAAGAACCACUCCCACUACUACCCUUUAGUGAAACUACAUAGAUUACACUGGGAAGGCACCUCUGGCAACUUCAUGCUCUCUGCACUCCUCUCUGCUUCUUCAGAAUAACCUCUCUACUGUGUUAAACUGUGCGCUCAGAAAACACAGGCCAAGAGAAGAGGGACUGCAGACCUAAUUGCUGUUCAGUGAGGAAGUACAUUUGUACUCCAAGAUCUGUGUUGUUAACAUGUGAAGGAUGUGCCUUUUUGAAGAGGCUGUUUUAUAGAAUGGAUUGCUUUGCAACAAAAGGGAAAAGGGAUAAUGUUUUCUCUAAACAUGAUGAUGUCAGAUAAGUCAGAUUUAUGUAUUCUGCUGCAUUUGUUUGUCUACAGCAGUAGACUCUUUGUUAGAGUAUGUCCUUAUACCAUGAGAGAUCACAGAGGUAGAACAGAAUCAGAUAUGGAAUUACAGCUUGUAAAUCACAGCUCUGGGUCCUCUGCCAAAUGCCACAGUGGGGUGUGUAUAUAGAGCCGCUGCUGCCCUCUAAGUUUAACCACGAUGACCUGUUCGUUGUAAGAAACAAAAUACACGGUGUGUCAGUUAACUAGUAACUAAGUAGUUAUUUCGCAGAAGUUUAGCUCACGGGCAUUAUGUAUUUAGAGGAAGGUAUUGCUGUGUAUAUAGACACAGAUCUCAAGAAAAAAUGUCUUGAGAGGUUAGCAGCUGUUCUAAAGAUGGAACCUAAGUCUUCUGUAAACUCCCCCUUCCCUCCUGACCUGGUGAAGAGAUAUAUUUGGUGCUCUGUAACUCAAUCCCUUGGGAGUGGCUUUCAGAUCUCAUAGUCUGUAGGUAUAAAUAGUCAGGUGGCAGAGGAUCAGGGAGAGCUGUGGUGGGGAAUUGAAUAGUUCCGACUGGGCUGAGCUCAAAGGGCUCAACGGUAACAAGCUCUUCACAAUGAACUCCUCACACAAUAGUUCAUCACUAUGAACAGAGCAGAGAGAGGGAAGCUGUACUACGUCAUGUUUGAAUUAAAAUCUCAGUUUUGUAACUUUUGUUAAUAAAUGCAUGGAUUUCUGAUCUGCUUAUAGCAGCAUUCUGACUAUUGCUGCUAGGCAGCAAAUCCAUCUAGGAGGAUAAACGGACUGGUCGAUAUGUAAAUGUCCUACAUUUCUAAGAAUAAAUAAAUGUGUUUUCACAUUG